UUGACUUCUUCUGAUUUUCUUCUUCUUCUUCCUCUCAAUUGAAGUGCAUACCUCCAUUAAUGGAUACCUUUUUCAUCAGCCAUGGAUCACCGAGACUUCUGAUCACUGAUAGGCCAGCGAGGCGCUUCCUAGAAUCAUGGAAGUCAAAUAAUUUAGAUGUGACGCCUAAGGCUAUUUUGGUAAUAUCCGCCCACUGGGAGACUACUGAGCCAACCGUGAACGUCAUUAAUGGCGUUAAUGACACCAUACAUGACUUCUACAACUUCCCAAAACAUUUUUAUGAGCUCAAGUAUCCUGUACCUGGGGCACCAGAACUAGCCCUGAGGGUGAAAGAAUUGCUCCGAGAUGCCGGCUUUAACAGUGUGGAGGAAGACAGAGCUCGUGGGCUCGACCAUGGGGCCUGGGUCCCAUUGAUGCUCAUGUACCCGGAAGCUAACAUACCAGUAUGCCAGCUUUCAGUUCAGUCUCACAAGGAUGGAACAUACCACUAUAACAUUGGUAAGGCAUUGGCUCCACUCAGGGAUGAAGGUAUUCUCAUUUUUGGAUCAGGGAGUGCAACGCAUAAUCUAAAGUUGCUUGACCGGGAUGAUGUGGAAACACCCAAUUGGGCUGUGGACUUUGAUAAUUGGCUCAAAGAGUCUCUCCUCAAUGGAAGGCAUGAAGACGUGAAGAACUAUGAAGUGAAGGCUCCCAAUGCUAAAGCUGCACAUCCAGAACCUGAACACUUCUAUCCCGUGCAUGUUGCUCUCGGUGCUGCUGGUGAGAAGGCAAAAGCAGUGCAGAUUCAUCAAAGCUGGGGGGCUUCUUCACUCUCUUACUCCUCCUACAGGUUCAUGGCGCAAUAGUUCACGCACCAUGAUUUGUGAAUUGAAGACAUAACAUGGGAGUGGCAUCUAAUUUCUGUAGCUUGGUUUCGUUUGAAAUGUUCUCUUUUUUCUUUCUGUUGUUGAUGAAUGAAAUUGAAAAUGUGGCUUCCUUAUU